AGCCUUUUUAUGUCAUAUUAUCAAAUCUUCAUUGAUAGCCUCCAGUCUGAAUUCAACACCGUUUAAAGUACAAAAACAUUUCUAUCUAGCAAUGUACACCCAAACAUGGACUUUCGUUUUACUUUUUCUAGUUCCAGCAUUUUCAUUCCCACCUCAGACCGUGCCUAGUGAACCCCAUACAAGAACACAUCGUGAAAUCACAAUAGAGGGCUUAUUCCGAGGUGUUGCCAAAGUGCUGCAAUCCAAUUCACUUGUGAAUACAUCCCACAAGGACCCAAAACAAAUUGUGAGGCAUUACUUCGGAUCUGAUGCUGAUGGAUUUCAAAACUUUUACAAUGUUCUCAUAACACUAAUUGAUCAUGAAAACAUGAUACAGAGAUACAGACAAGAGGAGGCUUAUGUUCAUGUGAAUGGCGAACAAAUCUUUAGAGCCCACAUGUACCUGUGUAAUAUUAGACUCCGGAUUAAAACAAUUGUUCAGACACUUCCGCUUGAUAGAGAUUUUCUCCUGCUUAGUAUUGGUCAGUAUCUCUACACACUACAAGAAUUCUACAGCAACACGAACUGGGUAGAAUUGAAAGGAGUAGCCAUAAACAAAAAUCUAGGUAUUGCAUCCAACUUUGGGUAUGAAGUUUCAGCUUUAUCUGAAGACACUUGCAAGAACUGCGAGAAAGGAAACUGUCGAAAUAAUGAUAUCACAGAUGGAAAACUGACGAGUGGAUAUAAAAGUGGUCAAAACAUAGAGAAACCAGCAACCAGGGGUGGAAUAAAUAAGGAACGAUAUAAUGUCAAGUUUUCUCCACACUACUAUUUGCAUCAACAUGCUUCAGAGGCGGCUGUAAUGGCAACUGAUUAUUUCAUAUCUGCUGAUAAAACAGGCUUGGUUCACCUGACGGGAUUGGACAUUUUCCUGCAAAUUUGUCAACUUCGAAGGAGAAUGAAAAUCAAAAUGGAAGGAUAUACUAUAGCUUUUGCUAUUCUGGUAGAUACCAGAGGCUCUAUGUCUGAUGACAUCAAAGCAGUUAUAGCUAAUUCUGUCAACAUUGUGACAAGUUUACAGGGAUCCAACAACGAGCCAGAUAACUACGUUCUGACAACAUUCAACGACCCAGUAAAGGUAGGCCUUCGAUAUGUGACGUCAGAUGGAUAUCAGAUGAUUCGACAGCUGCAGGGACUACAUGCCGAUGGAGGCGGCGAUUGUCCUGAAUAUGCUUUAUCGGGCACACUGACAGGUACUGUCGAUGCCAAUCUAAUUAAAAUUAGAUAUGAUCGUUGA